GAAACACUGUCAGACUCAAUUCCGCCUCCUCUUUCUCCUCCUCAGAGGAAAUCUGCCACUUCUAGCUGCCCUGCCCUCCCCUUUAAAGGGCGACUUGCUCUGAGCUCCACCGCGGACCCAGGCUUCUCCCGCCUGCUGCUCAGCCCGUGCAUCUGCCGGUCGGCGCACCAGCCCGCGCCGAGCAGCUUCUACAGAAAGACGCCCGAAGAUGGAGAGCAAAGCACUGCUCCUGGUGGUCCUGGGCUUGUGGCUCCAGAGUCUGACCGCCUCCCGCGGAGGGGUGGCCGCCGCCGCCGGAAGAGAGUUUAAGGACAUCGAAAGUAAAUUUGCCCUAAGGACUCCUGAAGACACAGCCGAGGACACUUGCCACAUCGUUCCUGGAGUGUCAGAGUCGGUGGCCCACUGCCACUUCAACCACAGCAGCAAGACCUUCGUGGUGAUCCACGGCUGGACGGUGACAGGGAUGUAUGAGAGUUGGGUGCCCAAACUCGUGGCCGCCUUGUAUAAGAGGGAACCGGACUCCAAUGUCAUUGUGGUGGACUGGCUGUCGCGGGCCCAGCAGCAUUACCCAGUGUCUGCAGGUUACACCAAGCUGGUGGGAAAGGACGUGGCCAGGUUCAUCAACUGGAUGGAGGAGGAAUUUAACUACCCUGUGGACAACGUCCAUCUCUUGGGAUACAGCCUUGGAGCCCAUGCUGCUGGCAUUGCUGGAAGUCUGACCAAUAAGAAGGUCAACAGAAUUACUGGCCUGGACCCAGCUGGACCUAACUUUGAGUAUGCAGAAGCGCCCAGUCGUCUUUCUCCUGAUGACGCGGAUUUUGUGGACGUCUUACACACAUUCACCCGAGGGUCUCCGGGCCGAAGUAUUGGAAUCCAGAAGCCAGUAGGGCAUGUCGAUAUUUAUCCUAAUGGAGGCACUUUUCAACCAGGAUGCAACAUUGGGGAAGCUAUUCGUGUAAUUGCAGAGAGAGGCCUUGGAGAUGUGGACCAGCUAGUGAAGUGCUCCCAUGAACGCUCCAUUCAUCUCUUCAUCGACUCCCUGUUGAAUGAAGAAAACCCAAGUAAGGCCUACAGGUGCAAUUCCAAGGAAGCCUUUGAGAAAGGGCUCUGCCUGAGUUGCAGAAAGAACCGUUGCAACAACGUGGGCUACGAGAUCAAUAAGGUCAGAGCCAAAAGAAGCAGCAAAAUGUAUAUGAAGACUCGAUCUCAGAUGCCCUACAAAGUCUUUCACUACCAAGUAAAGAUUCAUUUUUCCGGGACUGAGAGUGAUACGCAGACCAACCAGGCUUUUGAGAUCUCUCUGUAUGGUACUGUGGCUGAGAGCGAGAACAUCCCCUUCACCCUGCCUGAAAUUUCCACAAAUAAGACCUACUCCUUCCUGAUUUACACGGAGGUAGAUAUUGGAGAACUGCUAAUGAUGAAGCUCAAGUGGAAGAGCGAUUCCUACUUCAGCUGGUCAGACUGGUGGAGCAGCCCCGGCUUUGCUAUUGAGAAGAUCAGAGUGAAAGCAGGAGAGACUCAAAAAAAGGUGAUCUUCUGCUCCAGGGAGAAAGUGGCUCAUCUGCAGAAGGGGAAGGGAUCGGCGGUGUUUGUGAAAUGCCACGACAAGUCUCUCAAUAAGAAGUCUGGCUGAUACUGGAAAAGUCUACAGAAAGAAGAGCACAUGAAUUCUGUGAAGAAUAAAGUGAACGAAGUAAAUUUUACAAAAGAUGCCCAGUGCUUAUGGUGUUUAAAAGUGGGCUUGUCCUGAGUAUUAAUCCCAGCUCUAUCCUUGUUAGUUCAAUUAGGAAACAGUCCCAAAUACUAAAAAAGCGGCUAAUUGAAUUUGAGACCCAAGCUGCACACCCCGCAGCAUUAAAACACAGUACAUGUGAAAAGCACUGUAUUCUGUCCUCUGAGAAAGAACAAUCGUUUGUGUGUGUAAUAAGAUAAGGUUCCUCCAUGCAGUGUGUUGGCCAUAGCCUAAAAUUAGUUAGAACCUCCUAUUUUAACUAAUAUUCUGGAUUUUUUUGGACGGAGGCCUUCUCAGAGUUUUCUCCAAGUCUGAAUAUAGAAAAUGGUUCCCUGUGGCAAGAGUCAGAUCUGUUUGUUUAGCAGUCAAAACAUCUGGUCUUUUGAAAUAGUUCUCUUGUCAUUGGGAUGUGACCCAGGAGUUAACCAGGGACAUGUGACUUGGAGAGGGACAGAGAAUGGGGCCAAUAAAGUCCUAAGCCUUGGCCCCACUGUUGGUUUGCAUCAUGGCAGAGUUAUAAGCAAAAGAUAAGAAGUUCAGAUCCAUUCAUUCUUAAUAGAUUUUACAUUUUAUUGCUUAAUCUCUCUUCCUUUUUUUCUCUGUCUUAAUAUUAUAGUUUUACAAUGUUCUCCAAAAACAAGCCUACAAUCCUCAGCGGACAUUUAAUUGGGUGCAGAAAGAAAAUGAUACCAUGAUUUUAUUAUCACAGUUUUCAGAUUAUUUUCAUCAAUUUGAAAUAAUUUCCUAUCCAAUGAUUGCUAUUGAGAUUCGGGUUCAUCUCAGUCAUGCCUCAGUCAUACCUAAAGCGUGAAAAACUUUCAUUUCUGGCUCAGAUGUGUUAAAAUUCAAAUUCCGUGUCAUGCAAACUGCAAAUUUUAAACAAGUAUUGUUUUUCUUAAGUAUCAAAAGCUGGAACAGUUGCUGGGUUCUAUGCAUAAGCAGUGCUUAUAAACUGUUUCGUGCAAGAAAGAAUCCUUGAUUGCUAUUGCAGUGCCAGGAGGGUUGUUAUUGUUUUUAACAACUAAUCGAGAGUGAGUGAACCAUUAUUUAUGAACUAGAACUCCUAUAUUCUGAAUGCUUUUCUGUAUAUUAAUAUAAAAUGAUUAAGAGGUCAGCUAUGUUGGAGGCUAUUGCUGGGAACCCAAACUGUGAAAAAGUGUGUGGAUAUCUGAACAUGUGCCUAGAAAGCCCCACCUGUGUUUGUCAUGCAGUGUGAUUUGGAAGGUCAACAGUCAAGGGAGGUACUGAAACGUGUCAGAGUAGAAAUAGUUCCAGAUGCGCCAGAGUAUCAGCCCUUUAUUGGAGAAAGAUAUUGUGCCUAUAGAAUGUAGGACAAAUGUUGUGAUUGACCACAUCAGACUUGGAAUGAAUUCUCUCUGACAAUAAAAAGAUGUAUGAUUUGUCAUCGGCAUCCCCCUUUAUUGCUAAUUCAUUGAUUUUUCUGGAUUUGGGUUUUGAUCAAAGGUGCAUAAACUUAAAGAUUUCAGCAAAUCAGUGCAUGGCUUGGGAACUCUGCUUCUAAAGACUUGGCUAUAUAUAUUUAUAUCAGUGAUGCUUUGCCUUUAAAUUUUAUUUAUGAGCUGUAAAUAUGUGUGUGGAUGUGUACAGGAGCUUGUACAUAUUGGAAAGCUCAUUGUGGCUGCCUGCAUUUAUAGAUUUAUAGACAUGUGGUGCUGACUUUGUUUGUGUCUGAUCAGUGAUGGUCUCACUGACCCAAAUCACUCUUAUGAAAUAAUAUGAAAUGGGCUUCAAAUUAAAAAAAAAGGAAAGAAACUGAAUUAACUAUGUGAAGAAAUGGAAUCUGCUUUUAAUAAAAUUGACAAAGUUUUAUUACAAUA